AUGGCGUUUCCAACCCCUGAAGCUUAUCACUCAAGUAAAACCGACGCAAUGGGUGAUAACUUUCAAGACCAAGAUGAGCCAACGGGUCAGACUGAAGAGAAACCAAUGUCUCCAUCCAGAGAUGCUGGUAUGACUGAAGAGUCCAAACUGGUAAUUCAACACGAAUUUGGCCAUGAUUACAAUAGCGAAAAUCAGGAUAUCUACGAUGUUAUUCUUGUCUCUGGCAUCAAGGUAGAAAGUCCAGUCAAGUGGAAAGGGAACAAUGGUGCUGCCUUUAUAAGGAAAGCCCUUGAUGGCGUAGGAGAAGGCCAUGGUCGCCAGUUAUUCUACGAGUACCACACAGAUGUCGUCAAUGGGAUAUACUACACGCCCGAUGGUGUUUACAAGGAGGCAGAGGCAUUGCUUAAUCUUCUGAGCGAGCAUCGGACCCCCAAGAUCAAGGAAACGAGACGUCCGAUAUAUUUCUUUUCUCAUGACAUUGGCGGAACUAUAGUCAAAGCGGCCUUGUCGUUGGCGUCAAAGAACAGAUCUCAGUAUGCCGACAUCCUGGACUGUACUCGCGCUGUGUGCUUCUUCGCUUAUCCACAUCGAUGUCCUAAUCAAAGCCUACUGCAGGACGCCAUGUUACGGCUUAUGUCUGAAGAACCUCUCCGCUGGUCGGGUAACAUGUUGGACUAUGCCAAGAGCCUCUCGGAAACCAUCUUACAUGUGAAUGAUAAUUUCCUCCAGACCCAGAUACUCACUCAGGCCAAGAUGAUGAAUGUGGUUUACACAUUCGACCAGGAUCCGGAAAAACAGGUCUUUCCACUCUCCAUGUGUAUCAUGGGCAUUCCCUCCGAGCGAGUCAUCAAGAUAGAAAGCCCUUAUAGUGGUUUGAUGGUUCCGUGGUUUGAUGAUACACAUCCUUUCAACCACGUUGCAGAUUCAGACUGGCUAUGUGGAGAUCUUACCGACGAGCAGCAUGUCGCCCUUCGCAAAAUCAUCAAUCAAGCCUCACCAGUAUUCCCAUAUGAAGACAUCGAUACAACCUGGCAACACCCAGGCCUUUUGGAAUUAGCAGAAGCCAACGAUAAUUGUAUCAUACAUAUUAGAUGUAGCCACGGAGCAGAUAGAUUGUCUGAGAAUGCGGCCUUCUUCAUCAACAACCACAGCACUGGACCGUUGUUGUACAUGAAAUUCGACACCCACGAUGUACGGUUCAACAAUUGUGAAGCAAUGUUGAGGUUAUUCCUCGCUCGGCUGGCAUGUAAUAAAUUGCAGAGUGGAGGUCUGGUAGGAGGAGACUCACAAAAUAUUACCGACGUCAACUUUCGUGAUGUCGUCUCGCUGUUUGGCCAGUGGGAGUAUUUCCUAUACAAACUCAAAGAAUCCACAACUAGUAUUCAAAUCCUUGGGUGUUUUGAUGAGUGCGACGACUCGGCUAUUUGGUUUCUCUCUCAGGUUAAAGACCUUGUCCUCAGAAGCGAACUUCGUCUCAAGAUCGUGAUUACCACCACCAACGGAAGUCCUGGGGAUGACCGUAUCACCUCCGCACUAUCUAAAUUCCCCUCAGAAACUAUCAAAACCAUCGAAUGUAUCCCUGUGGAGACCACUCCAUUUCCGGUUGACCUGGAGUCAUCAAAGCUUAUGCAGCAAUACCCGAGUGUUGUUGGGCCCGACCAGCGUCGUGAGAUCCGUGGAAUACUUACCGCAUGCACUAGCGAUCAUAAGCUCUGUGAAUUGGUCCUACAAUGGCUAUCGUCUGACAGGGAGCAAAUCACGCGUAUUCAGAAACUUGUUGGAAAUCCCCUGACACCAGGCAUAGUCUUUGCAGAACUAUUGGAUACCAUGGAAGAUUCUCACAGACCAUGGGCUAAGAUACUGCUCUCGUGGGUUCUGGUGAGCUACAGACCUCUUCGGGCCGAGGAGCUUCUUCAGGUUUCCAACAUUGCAUGGAAACGAACACAGACAAGCAAAACCAUGCGGCCUGCUUUGGCUGAUAUAAUGACUAGCUUUCGUGGACUGCUCGCUAUCGUGAAUGGCGAGGUCCGUUUCCGACAUCCAUAUACCCGUUCUUGGCUCAGCAGUCAGCGAACCGCUAUCGGUGAAGAUAUGUGGUAUUGCACAACAGAGGGUAGCUGUCAUAAGGUGAUCCUUCAAACAUGCAUCGACCACUUGAACGACAUGAGUACGAAUGCAGAAGAUUGGGUCCGCUCGUUUCCGUACGCUAUCGAGUUCUGGUUCAAACACUCGCCAUUAUUUGAUGGAUCAGAGGACUUACUGCUAAGUCUGUUUGAGGACGAGUCCGUGUUCCAAAGGUGGGCCAAAGCCCUUGUUGAGAUCCCUAGCAGACGACUCAAUCCUCUUCCGGAUCACAUCAAGCCCUUGCCUAUGGCCGCACAUCUGGGCCUAAUGACUGUUGUGAAAGCACUUCUGGAAGGCCAUCCCGAUCAAGUAAUGAUUCGCGACCAGGCCUUGAUUGAAGCUUGCAGAGCAGGUCAUGCUCAUCUCAUUCGGAUUUUUAUGGAUGCAAAGAUGCCUGAUAUAAGCGCUCCAGACCUUGCUUUGCAAGAAGCUGCGAAACAGGCUAGCAAAUUCGGUAGCGAUGAAGCACUGAGAGAACUAGUCAACUCGCUGCCGAUGCCCCCUGAUCUAAUCCCUGUGCAACAAAGUGUGGCAGGAGAACGAAGGACUGAUGACGAGACGAAAGAAGAGAAAGAAACGGAGAAGCCCAUAGACACUUCGCCGGUCACAAUGAGAGAGGCCAGUGACGAGACGGAAGAUGACCGACACGAACCCGAUCCUCUUCAAUGGCUUUCCUUACCAAUGUACCGAGCUGCCGCAUCAGGCAUGGAGGAUAUUGUCGAGAAACUACUGCAGUUUGGGGUGAAGCCAAACCCUGCAAAAGGAACAACCCCCGACGGCAACAGUUACCUACGCGCCGCAGUGGGCAAGUCACAUCACCAAUGUGCCAAGUUACUUAUCGAUGCAGGUGAAGAAAUGACAAAGGGAAGCGGCGACAUCAACACUCUACUGGGACACGCUGUCGGAUGGGCCUCUGGUGAAAUGGUUCAACUGUUGCUUGAGAAUGGUGCUAGAAUUGACGAACCAAACUCAUUCGACGAGGUACCCUUGGCCAGCGCUGUAUAUUGGGGCUGCUUUGCCGCAACCAAGGCCAUACUCUCCUACCGAGACUAUCGCGAGUACUAUGUCGACGAGCCGGGCAAAAACCCUGUCGACGUGGCCGUAGAACAUGGACAUUACAGAUGCCUCAAGAUCGUACUUGAUCACGGAUUUAGUCCCAACAUCUACACUUCCGGCGGUGACACAGCUCUAAGAUGCGCAGCAUACUACGGAAGAAUGGAUAUCUGCAAGCUUCUGCUGCAAUAUGGUGCUGAUCCAGAUCUGACUCCCGAGGGCGCUGUGACUACACCUCUCAUCCAAGCAGUGACACGAGGAGAUCUUGACAUGGUCAAACUUCUGGUCGAAUACAAAGUCACUAUCGACAAGGGUGAGACAUCCGUAUGGUCUCGCACACCGAUGCAUGUAGCCGUCGACUCGAAGAAGCCUGCAAUCGUACAGUAUCUUCUCGCACAGGGAGCAGACCCCAAUGUCCGUGACUCAGAGGGUGUGCCUCCGAUAGCCUCUGCAGUUAAAGCUGGCGAUCCAGACGUGGUACAAUGGCUUGUGGAAAAAGGUGCAGCUAUGAAUUUGACCAAUGCCAGCAACGAAACGACACUAUUACACGAAGCCAUCUCACGUCCUGAAACACUUCGUGUUCUCCUACAACAUGGCGCUGACAUUACAAUGACGAACAAAUGGUCACACACAGCCCUGGACGUUGCCAUUGGAUCCAACUAUCUCACAAGUGUUCGGAUAAUACUUGAACAGGCCAGAGAUAAACUUGACCUCGGUUCGGAAAGCACACGACGGGCACUCUGUGAAGCAGUGACCAGCGGUUAUACUUACGUUGUUGGGGCCUUGCUAGAAGCUGGCGCUGAUGUCAACACUGUUAAUGUGAACGGCGAGUCCCUUCUCAUGCUUGCUGUUAAACACAACAGAGAAAGCAACAUGGUCUGCAUGAUUCUGGAUUACAACCCAAAUUUGACAAUGAGGGACGACAAACAAAACACGGCACUCCACCAUAUCAACAAGACCACACGCUUAGAGACAGUCAGACGAAUCGUGAAUUCUGGUGGAAAGUUGGAUGCCAUGAAUGAUUGCGAGGGCAUCCCGUUCGUUGUCGCUAUCAAGGCUCAGCUUGACGAUGUCUUUACGUAUAUGCUAACAAAGCAACCGACUCUAGCAAUUAGGUGCCCUGCGGCAUCAAGCAAGACACUAACCCCAUUACAUGAGGCGUGUAUAAACGGCACACUGUCAAUGGUUCGAACGCUGGUUCACCACAAAGUCAAAGUAGACGUCAACGCAUCCUGUGAAGGGAUCUACGGAACUCCACUAAUUGCAACGACACUCAGGUCGGACAUUGCGUCGCCUACCAGUAGCGCACGUCAUAUAUUUGCUCAACUUCUUUCCAAGGGCGCCGAUAGUAGCAUUGCUAGUGGCGUGUUUCGAUAUCCCCUCAUCUCAGCAUGUCUAGCCGGUGACACGAACACGAUUGAGCUUUGCACGAUAAAAACCUCUCCUACAGAGCAUGACAGCCUGCAGCGCAAACCAGUUCAUUUGGCUUGUUAUAAUUCCUUGGAGGCCGUCAACCAGUUGAAAUUACUCGAUUCGGAGUAUGCUGCUCGAGAUAUAGUUGGGCGAGUACCUCUGCACUAUGCUGUCAUGAACCGUGUUCCAAAUACUGAUAUGGUUUCAUUCCUUUUGGACAAGGGCGCCGACGCUGCUGUCAAAGGGAAAGGAGUGGAUCGAGACUGGACGGCUCACGAAGUGGCGUACUAUUACCACACUGACAGUUUUCUCUCAGUAUUACCCCACAGUUUUAACGACAUUGUCAGCCCCAGAAAGAGGGGUGAUCUAGCACGGUCGCCAGAGAAGACAGCAGUAUUUUGCGACUGUUGUUUGCUUGACAUCUACGGAUUCUACUACACCUGUUCAACAUGCUUCGAAUGCGAUUUGUGUGACAAGUGUUACUUGUCUGUUUCCAAGAUACAUCCUGCUCAUUCAUCAUUCAUGAAGUGGGGUAGUGAGAUGGAGGAAGAGGAUGCUAGCAUGAUGCAUAUUGGGGACGACGAUACAACAUUGGGCCUCACAUAG